AUGCAGCUGGCGCUGUCUGCUCAGCUUCUCGCGGGCCUUGUCGCGCCUUUCGCGCUCGCAUUAUCUCCGCGCACGGAGAUCGCCGAUUCGUACGAUUUUGUCGUGAUCGGCGGAGGUCAGGCUGGCCUCGUACUUGGAGGACGUCUGGCAGAAGAUACAAACCACACUGUGCUGGUACUUGAGUCUGGUGGCAAUGGAGAUGAAUAUCGGAAUCGAAUUGAUACCCCGGCAUACUCAUAUUUUGACUCCCUAUGGACAACGCCCUUGAACUGGGGCUUCUACACCGUCGAGCAGCCCAAUGCAAAUGAUCGCGAGAUCUACUGGCCCCGCGGCAAAGUGCUGGGUGGUAGUUCCGCCAUCAAUGGGCUGUACAUGACCCGGCCGGGCGAGAAUGAGAUUAACGCGUGGCAGAGUAUGCUGGGCGAUAUGGACGGGGCAGAGAAUUGGUCCUGGGACUCUUUCUACUCUGCCAUGAAGAAGAGUGAGACUUUCUCGCCGCCAACAGACGCCGUCGAAAAACAGGCGGAUAUCACAUGGAAUUCAUCGACUCACGGCAGCGAUGGACCGAUCCACGCCUCAUAUCCUGGAUUCACAUUCGACCAGGUCGGCCAAUGGUCCGAAGCCUGCGCCAAUAUCGGCAUCCCCAUCUCCGCCGACAUGUACGGAGGCUCGAACUGGGGCGCAGAAGUCUCGACAUCCUGCAUCAACCCAAGCAAUUGGACCCGCUCAUACAGUCGAACCGGCUAUCUCGACCCGCUCCCUGAUCGGGGCAACUAUGAUGUCCUAGCCAACGCGCACGUCACGCGCAUUAUCUUCGACAGUACGUCCAACCUGACCGCCAACGCAGUCGAGUACACGCCCAACAACGGCACGACGAAGAAGACCAUCAAUGUUACCAAGGAAGUCAUUCUAGCCGCCGGCUCCGUCGGCAGUCCGGCGGUUCUUCUUCACAGCGGAGUAGGACCAAAGGACGUGCUCUCCAGCGCUGGUGUUGAUCUUGUCCACGAACUCCCUGGCGUAGGCCAGCAUCUCCAGGACCACCUGAGCGCCACCAUAAAAUGGACCACAGACGUCGAAACAGCCGGAUCAGUCUUCUACGACAACGGCAGUGAAAGGAACAACCCCCUCUUCCUAACCUACAUCGACUCAGCCAUCGCCUACGUAAACGCAAGCAACAUCUACCCUACAACCCUCGAAUCCGAACUAUCAACCAUCCAAUCGAAACUCACCACCUACGCCCCAAACACAACAUACGAAAACACCGUCCUGGAAGGCUACAAGGCAAUCUACAACACAACGGCGCAAAUCUUCAACAGCCCAACCGGCCUAGUCGAGCUCCUCUUCAUGAACAGCGACGGAAACGGCGACGUAGGCAUAACAGCCGCCCUCCAACACCCAUACUCCCACGGCCGGAUCUACAUCAACUCAUCAAAUCCAAUGGACUACCCCGUCAUCGACCCGAACUAUCUCUCCAACCCAUCCGAUACAUCAAUCCUAACAACAGCCCUAAAACUCGCCCGCCGCCUCGGAAACACAACUCCACUAUCCUCAAACCUCACAGCCGAAACCUCGCCAGGAUCCUCAACCCAAUCAGACAGCGACUGGGAAACCUGGAUCCGCACCAACGCCGGAACAGAAUAUCACCCAUCCUCCUCAUGCGCCAUGCUCCCGCUCUCACAAGGCGGUGUCGUAGACGCCAACCUGCGCGUCCACGGGCUAGCCAAUGUCCGUGUUAUCGACGCAAGUGUGCCGCCUAUUGCGCUGUCGACGCACCUGAUGGCGUCGACGUACGGUGUUGCGGAGAUUGGGGCGGCGGUUGUGCGUGAAUUUUGGGAUGGGGGCGUGCAGGGGGGGAUUGCGUUUAGUGGGGGGAGUUUGACGAAUUCGAGUUCGAGUUCGAGGUCGAGUGCAAGUGCGAGUGCGAGUGCGAGUGGGACGGUUGAGAAGAAUGGGGCUGGUGGGGGGAUGGCCUGGGUGAGGGGUCCGAGUUGGUUUUGGGGUGUGUCUUUGAUGCUUGGAGCUGGAGUGGUUUUUGUUUAG